AUGACGGCCCCAUCACACUGGCGGCUCAUUGAUCUGCUGCUGCUGGUGCUCCGGCGUCCUCCCCCAGCCUGGUGCCUGCUGGGCUGGUCGCUCACGCAGCCGGGCACACCUCAGUGUACACAGGACGAGGAGGUUGGGGGCUGCCCCACGCUCCUCCUGGCUUUGGCUCACCCAUGGUAUCUCCCCAGGGCCCUCUACACAUACGAGGAUGGCUCUGAUGACCUGAAGCUGGCAGCGUCGGGAGGUGGAGGUUUGCUGGAGCUUUCUGGCCACUUUGAGAUUCAGAAGGUGAUGUAUGGCUUCUGCAGCGUCAAGGACCCCCAGGCCGUGCUCCCCAAAUAUGUCCUCGUCAACUGGGUGGGUGAGGACGUGCCGGACGCCCGCAAAUGCGCCUGUGCCAGCCACGUAGCCAAGAUUGCCGAGUUCUUCCAGGGUGUCGACGUCAUCGUCAAUGCCAGCAGCGUGGAGGACAUUGACCCAGGGGCCAUCGGGCAGCGGCUCUCCAACGGGCUGGCCCGUGUCUCCAGCCCGGUGCUGCACCGCCUGCGGCUGCGCGAGGACGAGAACGCCGAGCCCGUGGGCACCACUUACCAGAAAACUGAUGCCACCGUGGAGAUGAAGCGGCUCAACCGGGAGCAGUUCUGGGAACAGGCAAAGAAAGAGGAGGAAUUGCGUAAGGAGGAAGAGCGGAAAAAGGCCCUGGAUGCCCGGCUGCGGUUCGAGCAGGAGCGGAUGGAGCAGGAGCGGCUGGAGCAGGAGGAGCGGGAACGGCGCUACCGGGAGCGCGAGGAGCAGAUCGAGGAGCACAGGCGGAAGCAGCAGAGCUUGGAGGCGGAGGAGGCCCGGCAGCGCCUGAAGGAGCAGUCCAUCUUCGGGGACCAGCAAGAUGAGGACGACAGGCAGCAGUUUAGGAAAUCGGAGUCAGAGGUGGAGGAGGCUGCUGCCAUCAUCGCUCAGCGGCCUGACAACCCCCGGGACUUCUUCAAGCAGCAGGAGCGGGUGGCAUCAGGCAGCAGCGAUGCUGUCUCACCAGGCAGCCACAGGACAGGUCGCCUGCACUGUCCUUUCAUAAAGACAGCUGACAGUGGACCACCUUCUUCCUCCUCCUCCUCCUCCUCCCCCCCACGGACCCCUUUCCCCUAUAUCUCCUGCCACCGCACUCCAAAUCUCUCCUCUUUCUUCCCAUGCAGCCAGUCGGACGCCUUCCGCAAGGCCUCGGCAGCGGGCUGCAGCCCCUGCGAGUCCAGCCCGGCCGCCACGCCGCUGGCUGAACCGGGCACCCGCGCGCCCGCUGACCAGACGCCGGCAACGCCCAAAGAGUCCCCCAGCCCCAGCGCGCAGGAGCCCGGGCCAGCCACGCCCGAGCAGCACUGGCCCUUCCCAGGGCCCGAGGACAAGGCCAUCGAGCCCCCCGGGGACGAGCCCAGUCCCAGGCCAGUGUGGACAGCGGGGGGUGAUGCCCUGGGGGACCUGGUGACCCUGGAGCCCACCGAGCCCUCCCUGCCACCUGUGGCUGACGAGCCCCAAACUGGGGAAGCCCCCAACCCCGAGAGCCUCAUCGACCUGUGGCAGAGUGACGGGGUGACCCCCCCAGCUGCCUGGCCCCUGCCUGCUGCCCCUGUCCCCGAGACACCCCCGGCCAUGCUGCCUGAGGAGGGGGCCCUGCUGAGCCUGGAUGAGCUGCCUGAGCCCCCCGCCACCUUCUGCGACGCGGAGCAGGAGGAUGAGGAUGAGGAGGAGGCAGCUGGCGAGGGAGAACCCCAGUCCCAGGAUCUGGGCUGCCAGCACACGCCCCAGGAAGACACUCCGGGCCGAGAGACACCCCCCAUCACCAAUGGGGAGAUGGCCCCCAAGGACGGGACACCGGGUCGUGGGGAGCAGGCCAGCGAGGGCUACUUCAGCCAGUCCCAGGAGGAGGAGGUGCCCCCCUCCGAGGAGCUGUCGGCCAAAGCCCCCCAGCCCGUCUUCUACAACAAGCCCCCAGAGAUCGACAUCACGUGCUGGGAUACAGACCCUCUGCCCGAGGAAGAGGAGAGCUUUGGGGGGGCCCUGUAAGCCCAGGCCCCGCUGCCGGCACAGGCAGCUCGCCC